AUGGACAAGUUCCUUAAGAUAUAUCUAAGUUGCUUGUUAGUACUUAUAGUUGGAGCUGGCUAUUCACUCGCCUAUCCUUCACCAACUAUCCCUGUAGGCGAUACUGUGUGGACUGCUGGUCAAAAUGUAACAGCUAUGUGGACAGACUCUGGUGCGAACAAAAGUUCCUCAAUGUCAGGAAUAAAAGUCCAAUUCAUGACAGGUCCAGACAGUCCACAAAUUCCAUUAGUUACCCUUGCCGAUAAGUUGGAUAACACCGCAACAUCUUUAUCUUUUAUUGUUCCAUCGCCUAGUACAUUGGGUUAUCCUCCAGGAAAAAUUUAUUUUUUAAUGUUUUCCGAUCCUGCGAACCCUACUGUUGGUGUUAGUUGGAGUACGAGGUUUACGGUGCUUGAACCUAGUAAUAGUAGCCCACCUGCGAAUUAUACUCCAGGAACUCCUUGGACCUUUACUAAAUCCUCGACUACUCCAGCAACUCCAGCUCCUGCAAUUGCGUCAACAACAGCGCAACCAGUUUUAGUUACGCCAACUCCGCAACUUCCUCCUGCAAAUUCACCAGAUUCAUCACAAGCACAACCUGCAGUAGCGAGUCCUUCAGAUGGUGAUCUAUCUUCUGCGCCUACUGAUACACCUGAACAACCUCAAUCUCAAUCUCCUGCUACUCCUUCUGCUACUCCAAAGAAGAUCUCAGGAACUGACAGUAAAUUCCAAAAAAGCAAUGGAAAAUUCUUAGCCAUUGUAGUGGGAUUUGUUUGUGCAUUUUCGGCUUUCGGAAUGUAG